AUGGCUCCUCUUCUCCCUUUAAUUUUCUUCCUCAUGUUCUCUUCAAAUAGUGGUCAGGGUCCCCCCUCACCUGGCUAUAACCCCAGUUCCAAAAUUAGCACAGUAGGUUUUGAUCAGGGUUUUAGAAACCUAUGGGGACCUAAGCAUCAGAAUUUAGACCAGGGUGCAUUAACAAUCUGGCUUGAUUCUAGCUCAGGAAGUGGGUUCAAGUCACUUCAUCCAUAUCGUUCUGGAUAUUUUGGAGCAGCCGUCAAGCUCCAACCAGGUUAUACUGCUGGAGUAAUUACAUCAUUUUAUCUCUCUAACAAUGAAGAACACCCAGGGAACCACGAUGAAAUCGAUAUCGAGUUCCUCGGGACAAUCCCCGGGAAGCCCUACACUCUGCAAACCAAUGUGUACAUUAGAGGAAGUGGAGAUGGAAACAUCAUUGGGAGAGAGAAGAAGUUUCAUCUCUGGUUUGAUCCAACACAAGACUUUCAUAACUACGCUAUAGUAUGGAACCCUACUGAGAUCAUAUUCCUGGUGGAUGAUGUGCCCAUAAGAAGGUACCAAAGAAAGAGUGAUGCCACGUUUCCAUUGAGGCCAAUGUGGGCAUAUGGAUCCAUAUGGGAUGCAUCAACAUGGGCCACAGAGGAUGGAAAAUACAAAGCCGACUACAAUUACCAACCUUUUAUUGGAAGGUACAACAAUUUCAAACUAGGUGGGUGCACAGCCGAUGGCCCUACUACAACCUCAUGCCAGCCGCCCUCGGCCUCGCCCUCCGGUGCAACGGGGCUGAGCCAGCAGCAGAACUCAGCCAUGGAGUGGGUGCAGAGGAACUACUUGGUGUAUGACUAUUGCCAGGACCCCAAGAGAGACCAUACACAAACACCUGAGUGUUGA